CAUCGGCUGUUUACCGUUCAGCAUCUCUGGUGAGUUUCCCGAAGCUGAAACAUGACCGGUCUCAAAUAUUCCCUAAUCAUUGUCCUUCUUUUGCAUAAAAUCCACACUCAGAUUCUGCCAGAAAAGACAAUGGAGCCAAUAGUUCUCGUCCACGGGGGCGCUGGAGAUAUUCCGGACAGUCGUGACCAGGGGAAACACAAUGGAGCCCUGAUAGCGGCCAGAAUUGGCUACAGAGUCCUCAAGGAGACGAAUUCCGUCCUAGACGCCGUCGAGGAAGCCGUGAAGUCAAUGGAAUUGGAUGAGAACUUCAAUGCAGGCUACGGAUCUGUUCUGACGCUCAAUGAGACUGUGGAAAUGGAAGCCAGCAUCAUGAGAGGUUCAGAUUUGUCAUCGGGCUGCGUGACUCUCCUCAGAGACAUCAAACAUCCAAUAAGCCUGGCCAGGAUUGUGAUGGAGAAAACUCCGCACAACUUCUUGGGCGGUGAGGGAGCAAUGGAUUUCGCUGUACGCCAAGGAAUAGAGAUUCUCUCACCGCCAGGACAACUUGUGACAGAGACGGCGAGAAAGGCACUGGAGACUUUCAAGAAGACACAGAAUCUGGGUAGUUCUCAGCCAGGGAAGACAGAAAUAGGACACGAGGGAGGCACAGUUGGUGCUGUGGCCAUUGAUAGACUAGGGAGAAUCGCUGUGGCAACGUCAACGGGAGGAAUUACUGGGAAAUAUGUGGGAAGAAUUGGAGACACUCCACUUCUGGGCUGUGGAACCUUUGCUGAUGAUCGUUUUGGUGGAGUGUCAACGACAGGACAUGGAGAAAGCAUCAUGAAAUUUGUCCUAGCAAAGGAUAUCGUCAACAGAAUCGCAUUUCAGGGUGUUUCAGCUCAAAAAGCCACCGAAGAAUCCCUUAAAGAUAUGACAAACAUCACGGGAGGAACGGCUGGAGCGAUUACAAUCGACAAAGACGGGAAUAUUGGCAUUUACCACACAUCACAGAAGAUGUCUUGGGCAUACCAGAAAGGCGAUAAUCUCUUUUAUGGAAUCCGCCAUGGAGAGAACUUCACAGAGAAAGCCUGAAUAAGUGUAAGCAUAUUUUGUGUGCCCCUGUGCACUCAUUCUUCAAGCCUCAUGCCUCGACAAUGCAUGUUAUUAAUAAAGUCUUAUCAGCAAU